AUGAAUAUCAUUAAGUUACAGAGGAAAUUUCCAAUCCUGACGCAGGAGGACAUAUUCAGUACCAUUGAGAAGUUCAGAGAUAUCGAUCUUGAAGACAAAGGAUGGAUUGAGAAGGGACAGUUGUUAGCGGCUGUGUCAAAGUCUGGAGAUACCUCUUAUGACGAAGCACGUGAAACACUGAAGCAGGUUAAUGUGGACGCAUCAGGCCGAGUUGAGCUCGACGAUUACGUAGAGCUAGUUGCCAAGCUUAAGGAUGCUAAGGCUGGCCCGCCUCCUCCGACUUCUUUCAAUACGGGUAGCGGACCCUCCAACGCCCCUACGCCUGCCUCCCACGCAGGGCUUAAACACUCAGGCAGCGGAGCACAGGCCAGAAUCAUUGUAGGUGGGUCUACCACAGGCACCACUCACACAAUUAACGAAGAGGAGAGAACUGAGUUCACAAAACACAUUAACAGCGUUCUUGCAGGCGAUCCUGAUGUCGGAGACAAGCUGCCCUUCCCCACAGAUACGUUCCAGCUGUUCGAUGAGUGUCGAGACGGCUUAGUUCUGUCUAAGCUGAUCAAUGACUCUGUCCCUGACACAAUUGAUACCAGAGUUUUGAACUGGCCUAAAAAUGGGAAGAGGCUGAACAACUUCACAGCUAGCGAGAAUGCCAACAUUGUGAUCAAUUCCGCCAAGGCUAUUGGUUGCGUUGUUGUAAAUGUCCAUUCGGAAGACAUCAUCGAGGGAAAAGAGCACUUAAUCAUGGGUAUGAUUUGGCAGAUCAUCCGCAGGGGACUGUUGAGUAAAAUCGACAUCAAACACCACCCCGAGCUUUACCGCUUGCUCGAGGACGACGAGACACUGGAGCAGUUCUUAAGACUUCCUCCAGAGCAGAUUUUGCUGCGUUGGUUCAACUAUCAUUUGAAGCAAGCAGGCUGGUCCAGAAGGGUCGCGAAUUUUUCAAAGGAUGUGGCUGACGGUGAAAAUUACACUAUUUUACUGAACCAGCUAGCCCCUGAGCUAUGCACUCGUGCUCCGUUACAGACAACAGAUCUACUGACAAGAGCCGAGCAGGUAUUGCAAAACGCCGAAAAGCUUGAUUGUAGAAAGUAUUUGACUCCAAGUGCUCUAGUAGCAGGGAACCCAAAACUGAACUUAGCUUUUGUCGCUCACCUCUUCAACACACACCCUGGCUUGCAACCAAUCGAAGAGUCUGAAAACAUUGAGAUCGAGGAAUUCGAUGCGGAAGGAGAGAGAGAAGCUCGUGUCUUCACAUUGUGGCUGAACUCGCUGGACGUCGACCCUCCUGUGGUUUCGUUGUUUGAAGACCUCAAAGACGGUUUAGUAUUACUGCAAGCGUACGAGAAAGUCAUGCCCGGUGCAGUGAACUGGAAGGUGGUAAACAAGCGCCCCAGCUCCGGCGCCGAGGUCUCAAGAUUCAAAGCUCUAGAAAACAACAACUACGCUGUCGAGCUUGGCAAGACAAGAGGAUUUUCUUUGGUUGGAAUCGAAGGGUCUGACAUCGUGGACGGAAACAAAUUGCUUACUUUGGGAUUGGUAUGGCAGCUGAUGAGAAGAAACAUCGUAAACACCAUGAAAACUCUUUCGGGCAACGGUAAAGAACUAUCUGACGGCGAAAUUUUGAAAUGGGCUCAAGAACAGGUCACAAAGGGUGGUAAGACAUCCCAUGUGAGAUCCUUCAAGGACCCAGCCCUCUCCAACGCCCACUUCUUACUGGAUGUAUUGAAUGGUAUCGCACCUGGUUAUGUCGAUUAUGCUCUGGUCACACCAGGCGUUACCGACGAAGACAAAUACGCAAACGCGAGACUUGCUAUUUCAAUUGCCAGAAAGCUCGGCGCUUUAAUUUGGCUGGUGCCCGAAGAUAUUAAUGAGGUGCGCUCUAGACUGAUCCUGACAUUUGUGGCCUCUCUUAUGGCCUUGAAGCAGUAA